AUGCCCAUCUUUGUUCUUAGAGGUAUCAUGGGUACUCUAGCGAAUGGGACUGCCAUCGCAGUUAAAAAGCUUUCGGCAACAAAAGAAGGAAUGGACGAGUUUGUGGAAAAGAGUCGUACAAUUGCUAGCAUCAAACAUCCAAAUCUUGUAACACUGAUGGGAUGCUGUGUAGGAAACAACCAACUUUUGCUUAUAUAUGAGUACAUUGGAACUGAUGGGAUGCUGUGUGGGAAACAACCAACUUCUCUUGAAGAUGCAUUAUUUGGUUCAAACAAACUUAGAGCAAGACUGAAUUGGCCAACAAGGUAUAGAAUUUGUCUUGGCCUAGCAGAAGGUUUAGCUUUCCUUCACGAGGGGUCCAAACAGGAAAUUAUACACGGGGAUAUUAAACCAGCAAACAUUAUUCUUGAUGAUGAUCUAAAUCCGAAGAUAUAUGAUUUUGGAUUUGCAAAGUUUUAUCACAAGCAACAGUUGGAAGGAUCACAGUCGUAUACAGCGCCUGAAGUUAAAGAUCGUCCCGUAGAAGCUAGCGCAGAUGUGUAUAGCUUUGGAGUUGUCACACUCAUACUUAUCAGUGGAAGGAAAGUCACGACCCCGAGGGCAGGUGGUGACACUGAAUACCUCGUGGAAGAGGCACAAAAAAUGGAUCGGAUUGGAAAUCUAAUAGAAAUAGUUGAUCAAGAUCAGAAUUAUGUCUGGGAAGAAGCAGAUCGGAUUCUAAAAUUAGCGAUCAAAUGCAUAGAUUCACGCCCAUUCAGACCGACUAUGUCUACGGUCGUGAAGAUUCUAAAGAAAGAAUGUUCAAUUAAAGACAUUUUGGUCAGUGAAUCUAAGCCAGAGGGUGAUUGA